AAAAAAAAAAAGGGAUAAAUAUAAACCUAACUCAACGGUCCGACCCAUUAACCCCUCUAAUGCGUUAUCUAACCUCAAAGUUUGAUAGUCAACUCGUUAACCAAAAUUCUUAACCUACGGAAAAAGAAAUGAGCAAAGCAACAGAAGUCACUUCCAUCCGCCGUCUGGCUGGCCUCUUUAACUCUUCCCGCUCUUCAGCUACCAAUCCCGCCGUCCCCACUGCCGCCGCCGUAACAUCCUCCAAAUCCAUAGACGAGGUAUCCAAGUUCCAAAAUCUCGUCCACAGAUUCAAGAAAUCUUCUAAAUCCAGCAAAUUCCGCAACUAUAAUAGAACUGCUUACUUCAACACUGUUCUCCGCCUCGCGUCGGCAAAACAGUUCUCGUUGAUCGAUGACAUCCUCCAACACCAAAAGAAGUACGAAGAGAUCUCCCAGGAAGGCUUCGUAAUCCGCCUCAUGACGCUUUAUGGGAAAGCUGGCAUGUACGAACAAGCCCAUAAACUGUUCAACGAAAUGCCUGAAUUGAAAUGUCAACGUACGGUAAACUCAUUUAAUGCCCUUUUGGCAGCUUAUCUUCAUUCAAAGAAGUUCAUCAACGCUGGGGAGUUGCUAGAACAGUUACCUGAAAAGUUAGGAAUCGAACCGGAUUUGAUUUCUUAUAACACAGUUAUUAAGGCCUAUUGCGAGAUGGGUUCCAUGGAUUCAGCAUUAUCAAUGGUUGAUACAUUGGAGAAGAAAGGAUUAGAGCCUGAUAUUAUAACGUUUAACACACUGCUUGAUGGGUUUUUUUCAAGGGGUCGAAUUGUUGAUGGAGAUGAAAUUUGGGGAUUGAUGGAAAAGAAGAAUGUUGUUCCUGAUAUUAGGACUUAUAACUCGAAGUUAAGAGGAUUGGUUCAUGGCAAUAAGGUAUUGGAAGCUGUAGAGUUCUUUGAAGAAAUGAAGAACAAAGGGAUCGAACCCGAUAUUCAUAGUUACAAUGCUUUGAUUACAGGGUACUGUGAUGAAGGGAAUUUAGAGCAAGUGAAGCAUUGGUAUGGUGAACUGAAGAAAAGUUAUAAACCUGAUAGGGCUACUUAUUGUAAAGUUCUUUCAUUCCUUAGGAAGAAGAAUGAGCUUGAAAUGGCAAGUGAGAUUUGUAAGGAAGCUAUGGAUCGACGGUUGAUUUCUGGGGUUACAUGGAUGGAUAAAUUGGUUUCAGAAUCGAGGAUCGAAGAAGCUAUACAAUUCGUGGAAUCGGGCUUGUCGCGAUCGGCUUUGAAGUUGAGGUUCCCUUGUCCUUGAAUGACACUAUAAGAGAUAAUUUACUUAUCACCUCUUUGUUUACCUUCUUUUUGGUUCAUGUUAUCUUCUUGUUGGAUCAGAUUCUAAAUUGCUCUCGAAUUUUAGAACAUUCUAAUUGAUUCUUCAAAAAAAAAAUUUGGAGAGGAUAA